AUGCCACUCAUCCUCGAUACACCUUCCGAAUCCUCGAUUGACUCAGAGCCCGACCUGCAAGAGGAGCGGAGGCGGCUCCAUCAUGAUGCCGACGUUGUGAUUGUGGGAGCAGGGAUACUGGGCUCCGCCCUGGCUGUGGCGUUGGCAAACCAAGGACGAAGCGUGAUUCUGCUGGAAAAGUCGCUGAAGGAGCCCGAUCGCAUCGUCGGCGAGCUGCUGCAGCCCGGUGGUGUGCAGGCGUUGGAGAAACUCGGCUUGCGACAUACCCUCGACGAUAUCGAUGCCAUCCCAGUCAAUGGAUACACCGUGAUAUAUUAUGACGAGCAGGUGCCGAUCCCCUACCCAGUCCUACCACAAGAGAGACAAGCACAAGUGUCGGAAAAGGCGGGACUCAGACAAAGAGCAGAAGGGCGCUCAUUCCACCAUGGGCGAUUCGUCUCGCGGCUGCGAGCGGCAGCGAUGUCCCAUCCCAACGUCUCGGUCUUCGAGACCGAAGCCACCUCGCUCAUCAAAUCCAGCGCCAGCACGGAAAUCCUGGGCGUCGAAUCCCUCACGAACAAAUCGAAAAAGGACUUCUUCUUCGGCUCGUUGACCGUCAUCUGCGACGGAUAUGCCUCCAAGUUCCGCAAGUCAUACAUCCAGCACACACCGCGCGUGAGGUCCAAGUUUUGGGGUCUGGAACUGAUCGACUGUCCGCUACCGAUCCCGCAGCACGGCACCGUGGUACUGGGCGACAUUGCCCCCGUUCUACUCUAUCAAAUCGGCACACACGAAACGCGCGCCCUGGUCGAUGUCCCCGAGGGCUUAUCCACGACAUCUACCCACAACGGCGGCGUGAAGGGGCACUUGAAAUCCGUCGUCCUGCCCUCCCUUCCAGCCAUGGUGCAGCCGUCCUUCCUCGCGGCCCUGGAGAGAGGCGCCCUCCGAAGCAUGCCCAAUUCUUUCCUCCCGCCCUCCACCAACAUCACUCCCGGGCUCGCGAUCCUCGGUGAUGCAAUGAACAUGCGCCACCCCUUGACAGGCGGGGGCAUGACCGUCGCGCUGUCCGACGUCGUCCUCCUCUCGUCUCUUCUCUCCCCAACAACGGUUCCCGACCUGGGCGACACCCCGCUCGUGCUCGCCCAACUGCGCACAUUCCACUGGCGCCGGAAAAACCUCACCUCGGUGAUCAACAUCCUCGCCCAGGCCUUGUACAGCCUCUUCGCCGCCGACGCGUGGCAGCUCAAGUACCUCCAACGGGGGUGCUUUCGGUAUUUCCAGCGCGGGGGCCGGUGCAUUGACGAUCCGGUCUCGCUUCUCGGCGGCAUUCUGCCGUCCCCGCUGUUGCUGUUUUAUCACUUCUUUAGCGUCGCCGUGUUGGCCAUCUGGGUGCUCAUUGUCGGGAAUGGUGUCCUGUUGCUGCCUUUGUCCGCUGUGCAGGGGGUGUUGGUCUUUGCCAAGGCCUGCGAGGUUAUUUUUCCAUAUAUUUUCGCCGAGUUGAGGAGUUGA